GAGGGAGCGUUCGCAUGCGCAGUUUGUAGUGUCUGUACCUCCCGCCCUAGGUGGGUGGUAGGCAGGGGUGGCACGUGGAGUUCCCUGUACGGAGUUCGCUGAGGAUGUGAAGACCUUGGGCGACAUUGGGACAGACGUUAGAGCGUGAGGAUGUCGGUCCCGGUGGCUGGGCUUCCCUCGCGGCUGCUGCUGUCAGCCUUGACCGGCGCUGGUCGCUUUUGCGUUUUGGGGUCCGGAGUGGCAAGGGGGAAGGCCGUCCCGGCGCGGAACCUCCGUGGCUUGUCUGACCUCCACCCGCAGCUGUUGCCCAGCCAGAAUUUCAAAGACUCGCCCUCAUGGCUGCCCAAGAAACCCUCAGAGCCCCGGAGUUACAUAACCAAUCCGAACCUCGCCACGACCUUGGUGCAGAUACUGCAGGAAGAGAACAGAAACCCUCACCAGCUCUUCCUGGAGUGCAAUCCAGGUCCUGGAAUCCUGACUCAAGCAUUACUUGAAAGCCAGGCCAAAGUGAUUGCCCUUGAGUGUAACAGAACUUUUCUUCCACAUUUGAAGUCACUGCGAAAAAAGGUGAAUAAAAAGCUAGAAGUGGUCCACUGUGACUUCUUUAAGCUGGAUCCUAGAAAUUCUGGAAUAGUCAAACCUCCCAUUAUGCUUUCAGAAACGCUUUUUCAGAGUAUGGGAAUAGAAGCACUUCCUUGGUCAGAAGAUAACCCAUUAAAGGUAGUUGGAAUCUUCCCAGCUAAAAAUGAGAAAAAGAUACUUUGGAAACUUUUAUAUGACCUGUAUUCUUCUACUUCUAUAUACAGUUAUGGACGAGUACAACUAAAUAUGUUUAUUGCUGAGAAGGAAUACGAGAAACUGGUGGCAGGUCCCCACAAUUCCCUGUACCAGCCACUGAGUGUGCUCUGGCAAGUGGCCUGUGACAUUAAGCUUCUGCACAUGGAGCCUUGGUCCUCAUUCAGUGUAUACAACCAAGUUGGGGGACCGAAAAAGUUGAAGAAUAAGGAAUCAUUAGAACAAAUAAAUAAACAAAUGGGACAAAACAUGUGUUUUAUUCAGUUGACGCCUCGUCAGAAUUUAUUUACAGAAAAUUUAACAUCUGUGAACUAUGACGUAUUUUUUCACAUGUUAAAGCAGUGUUUUAUGAAGCGCUACGGCACGCUCAUGGACCAUUUACAGUCAUUGAGUCCAGUUAAUGCAGUAUCUAUCCUGAAGCAAAUAGAGAAAGACGAAUACAUGAAAAUAACAGAUCUGUACCCUGAAGACUUUAAACUGCUUUUUGAAGCUAUAGAGUGUUCCAGAGAAUCUUGUAGGUGGCUGUUUGAUGACUCCAUAGAGGACAUAGUUCUGUAGGGAAUUGAAUUGCCCAUGUAUUAUCACGAACCACUUACUUAUUUGGAAAUUAUGGUACACAUGGAAGAGAACUAGGUUUGAAAAGCUUACAGGCUUUCAGCAGAAGAGAACUCUUGUUUUUCAGAGUGGGCACAUAAUUUCUUCUGAAGUUGGUACCAUUAGUAUAUUGGAUAGAACAAUGCCUGUGAUUUUAUUCACAAAAAAUAAAAUGAAAACUUCUGUUACUUGUA